AUGGCGCCGGUGCUUCCCCCCGGAUUCCGGUUUCAUCCGACGGAUGAGGAGCUCGUUUAUUACUACCUCAGGAGGAAGAUAAACGGCCUGCAGAUCGAGCUGGAGGUCAUCCCCGAAGUCGAUCUCUACAAAUGCGAGCCGUGGGAUCUACCAGGUAUUCGAUUCAUCCUCUCCAGUCGCCCCCCCUCUUCUUCAAGAGCAAUCGAUCGGUAUUUCCUCUUCUCCAUUCCAUCGCUGGAGUCAGACGUCUCUUCCUCUUCUCCGAGAUCCAAUUCCAGCCUGAGAGUAUUUCCGGAAUCAAUCCAUUAAUGGGUAGAGGGGGGGAGGGGACCCAGAACAGGGCGGUUGCUUGACUUCUCAGAUACUUUAUCCCUUUCCCUCCGCCCCAUUCUUCCUUCCAUCCCAUUAAAAGCGAAGUUGCUAUGAUCUCUUCAAAGGGAAAGAGCCAUGAUGGUCACUGUGGUGGAUUACAGUCCUCGCUUGAGCCAAAUGGAUGGAGCAGACAAAACCUUCCUCCACAUGGAAAAAUCUCUAAAGCACAAAGGGAGAAGUCGCAGGCCGAUUUCUAGGCCUGAAGAUACUGAAACCCGCCCCUUCUCCUUUUCUGGUUGAAUCUGCAGGCCGAUUCGGUGUUUCUUUCGGUAGAGGUGUCGAUGUACCAUCUUGUAGAAUUCCUGGUUGGGAAUUCUCGAGCGGGAAAGGAUUGUUCUUGGAGAUCAUCUUAGUCUGCAUGACACAAGCCGUCUCCAUCCAUAAUGAGGGUUCUCGCAUAAUUUCUUCUUCUUCUUCUUCUGAAUCAUCAUCAUCAUCAUCAUCAUCAUCAUUAUCAUAACUUGGUCUUGCUGAGGAUCGUUCAUCAGUCGGAAAAUGUCUGGUGAGGCUGGAAUUGAAGAUCUUCCACCCAUUUAUAUACUCAUGAGUAGAUUAUCUUAGUCAUCAAUUUCCGAAACUUUUGCAUCUGGGCCAUGUCGACUUGUGCUCGAAUAUCCACCACAAUUGAGAUUUGCUCUCAUCAUCAUGUAUUUCGUCCUUUCUUCUUCUUCUUCUUCGCCAUCACAUCAUAACCUGACAUGUUCUGGACGGCCAUGGCAGAGAAGUCCUUCCUUCCAAGCAAGGACCUGGAAUGGUACUUCUUCAGCCCCCGGGACCGCAAGUACCCGAAUGGCUCGAGGACCAACCGCGCCACCCGCGCCGGCUACUGGAAGGCGACCGGCAAGGACAGGAAGGUGAGCUACCAGCGUCGCGCCGUGGGCAUGAAGAAAACCCUAGUUUACUACAUGGGGAGAGCUCCUCACGGCUCCCGCACCGACUGGGUCAUGCACGAGUACCGCCUCGACGAGAGGGAGUGCGAAGCCGCCACAGGCGUGCAGGUGCGAACACCGCUCUCUCUCUCUCUCUCUCCCUCUCUCCCUCUCCCUCUCCCUCUCCCUCUCCCUCUCCCUCUCCCUUUCCCUCUCUCUCUCUCUCUCUCUUUCUUUCUCUCUCCUCUCUCUCUCUCUCUCUCUCUCUCUCUCUCUAUCUAUCUAUCUAUCUAUCUAUCUAUCUAUCUAUCUAUCUAUAUAUCUAUCUACCUAUCUGAUUACUAUUAGUUAGCUUUCUUCCGGUGUGUUGGGAUUAAAUUUGUGCUGACGUUGGUUCUGGUUUUUUCGCUUAUGAUCAGAACCCCUGGUUCUUUGAUUCCUGUAUGCAUGCAUGGAUGCAUGCAUGCAGGCGGGGAUUAAGUGCGUGAUUUUAGUGUUUUGUGUAUAGGUGGCAUUACGCUACCCUGGUUUUCAACGAAUCUCUGGUACAUCUAUCAUCCAUCGUAUUUAAUGUACGUUCAGAUUCUAUUUUCUGGAAAAGCAGGGAAGAAGUAUGAUCACAGUGAGGAUAAAUGAGAUUUUGAAUAGGAUGUUUCUUCUAUUUGCUGCAUUUUUUUUUUCUCUGUAUAUUAAUGGAGGGGGGCUUGUUUUGGUGGACGUGCAGGACGCGUACGCGCUGUGCCGGGUGUUCAAGAAGAGCGCGCCGGGCCCAAAGAUCAUGGAGCACUACGGCGCAACCUACGACGGCCACCUGCAGUGGGCCUCCGGCGAGCACGGCUCCGCCGCCACCACCAGCUGCGACGAGAGAGCCGACGACCUGGAGAGCUGCGGAUUUCAAGCUCUGCCGCCUCGACCUUGCGCAGUUGCCGCCACCAGACUUGAUGCUGAUGCGCGGGACGACGGCAGCUGGAUGCAGUUCCUCUCCGACGAGGCACUGGCGUCCUCGAGCUUUCCCUUCAUACCGUCCAAGGUUUGGCGGCACUGUUCCUCUCUUCUCUCUCUUUCUUUCUCUCUCUUUCUCUCUCUCUCUCUCUCUCUCGCUCUCUCUCUCUCUAUCUCUCUUGUGCCGCCGGUGACUUUCCCUCUCCUCUCCUCUCUCUAG